CGACCGACCCGUUUCCAAAAUUUCCUCUCACCACCUACCUUCCGAGGUUUCGCGGAAUUUUUCUGCUAAGAAAUUUCGAUCCGUUGAAAUCUGGUCCUGUAACGAGUUUCGAUUAACAGAUCUAAGUCGUUAAUCACGUUCUGGACAUUGAACAAUUGAAAUAAUUGGUGGUCGAUUACUCCUUGGACUUUGUUCUUAGGGUUCAUCCUCAAGGGUGUUUAUGAGCUCUAAGAAGCUAUGGGAAUGGCGUCCAUGAGCUCUGGUGGUGAAAGCUUUCGACUUUGCGUGUUUGACUUGAGGAGAGGCCAAAACGAAGGACAUGAACUGGACAAGAUCCUAUUCUUCUAUCCUCCUGAUGUAACCUUCACCACGCAGCUAUCGCUUAUCGGGCUCAGCGAAGGGCUUAUCACCUUUACGAGACUUUUCUCCCCGGAGGCAGCUUGCGAGGUAAUAGAAGCAGAGAGACAUUCCCAUGUUUUCUAUGAAGCCGAGCCCGAUAUAUGGAUGGUCAUGGUUGUUGAGAAAAAUAAGGAGAUUGAAGCCACAUGGAGGGUUGACGCAUUGCGGAGAAUGCUUAAAGAAGUGCACUCCCUCUUUGUUAUGUUUCACGGAUCAAUUAGGGCAUUGCUUGAAAAAGAACCAGCUGGAGGGCUUAUCCGAUCGCAUCUGUAUCCAUUCAUCACAGACUAUCUAAAUGAUUUUAUCGUUGGGAAGAAACUUCAGUUACCUUGCUUCCGUGAUACUUUGAGAGAACGUGAAACAGUUCAAAUGCUUACGUUAGCAAGGGAUGCGGCACUUGAAGUUCAGUCUCUUGUCGGAGUGCUAGAUUCAUGUGCUGGGACCGUUCGAUGCCACUCUGUGAUUCUAUUCCAUGACCUACUGGUGUCAACAACUCUCUCACCUGAUGAUACCGUCGACUUGUUUACAUUCUCUGUCAUGAGAUUGACCACAACCGCGCUAUCCUCUGGGACGAGGUCCUGGUCAUAUCUACGCAAAGGAUCCAGUUUAUCUCAAAUCUCUUCUAGAUCUACCUCAGCGCAACUUCUUGGUUCAAGUGAUCCAUUGCCUUCAGGAAAUGGUAAUGACGCCUGUCGUGUUGUUAGGCCAUUACAACACGAUAAAUGGUCGAAAGGGAAGGACUCAUUUCUUGUAACAGAUAUUUGGGGUAAAGAUGCCACUCCGACAAUCUGUUUACAGCAGACGCAAGAAAGAGUUUACCUUUUAGCUUAUCAAUACAAAAGUCUCACCUUGGUUCUCCUCGUGCCUAGCGCUGCCAUUGUUAAUGGAGAGCUAGACAUCUCAUUCGUGAAGCACCAAGUUACUGAAAACGCAUCUACGAAAAUCUUGAAAGUUGAAGAGAAGAUAUCGAAAGGAUGGGGCGGUGAAAACGCUUACCAUGUAAGCGGUUACCGUUACUUGCUAGUUGAUAAUGACAUGGAAGUUUCCAGAGCUUCUCCGCCGGGAAAGGUAGCAACUUUAGCAAAGGAGUCUUUGCUUGCACUAAACAAGCUAAGGGAAACAGUGGAUUCAGAAAAGAGCCGCUCGAGUCAAGAGAAAGACAUGGAAAUAUGCAUUCGAGCAAAGAACAACGCGUGGGCCAUCGCUCGUCUAACCAGAGGUAAAGAGCUUUACAUGGCUCUGGAGAAAGCAAGUGAAACUCUUCUUGAUGCUACAGACUCUGUCCAAAGUUUCAGCAACAGGUACUGCAGCGGAGCGUUCUCCAUGGAUUAAAUUCUGCAAACGAGAACUUGCAAAAUAAAUACUUUUUUGAAGUCUUUUGAGUCGUUUAGAUUUCUUGUUUUGUUUUUUUAUAAUAGUAUCUUUGAAAAAAAAAAAUGGUUGAAAAGAAAUGGAUAGAUUUUUGAUUUAACAGAAAUCAUAGAAACUAGACCCUUAGACGGUUUCAAAAGGGUUUCAAAAGGUCAAACAAACUUUAAAUCUAAUUAUUAAUACUUCCAUAUUCACGAAAGCCUAAAAGCUUAAAGCGUGAAUGUUGAGAUUUACAUUUUAA